UUUUUGUUUUCUCCCACAGGCAGUUUGUAGUGCUCUCCAUGACCAGUUCUUCUGCAGCUUCCCUCAGCAUUUCUCUUGCUAUGCUUUCAACCAUGUCUCUUCCUACAGCUAUGAAGCUGUACGCUCCAGCCUUCAUUCUCCUGUGGAGUGCUGUUGGGAUAGCAAGGGCUGCCAAAAUCGUUGUUGUGCCGCCAAUUAUGUUUGAAAGCCAUCUUUAUAUUUUCAAGACUCUGGCCUCAGCCUUGCAUGACCAAGGUCACCAGACAGUGUUUCUCCUCUCUGAGGGCAGAGAGAUUCCUCCAUCUAAUCAUUACAGACUUCAGCGCUACCCAGGGAUCUUUAACAGCAGCACCUCGGAUGAUUUCCUCCAGUCCAAGAUGAGGAGUAUUUUCUCGGGGAGGCUGACUGCCCUCGAACUGUUUGAUAUCCUGGACCACUACUCCAAGAACUGCGACAUGAUCGUUGGCAACCGCAACCUCAUGCGUGCCCUCAAACAGGAGAAGUUUGACCUGCUCCUGGUAGAUCCCAAUGAGAUGUGUGGAUUUGUUAUAGCCCAUCUUUUAGGAGUUAAGUACGCUGUGUUUUCCACUGGCCUUUGGUAUCCAGCAGAAGUGGGCGCUCCAGCUCCCCUGUCCUAUGUUCCAGAAUUUAACUCGCUGCUCACAGAUCACAUGAACCUAUUAGAGAGGAUUAAAAAUACUGUUGUUUAUCUUAUUUCAAGAUUUGGAGUCAGUUUUUUGGUUCUGCCAAAAUAUGAAAGGAUAAUGCAGAAACACAAGGUUCUUCCAGAGCGGUCCAUGUACGACUUGGUCCAUGGAUCCAGCCUGUGGAUGCUUUGUACUGAUGUAGCACUGGAGUUUCCAAGACCUACGCUACCCAAUGUUGUUUAUGUGGGAGGAAUCCUAACGAAGCCGGCCAGCCCUCUGCCAGAAGAUCUGCAGGCGUGGGUGAACGGUGCUCACGAGAAUGGCUUUGUCCUCGUCUCCUUCGGUGCUGGAGUCAAGUACCUGUCUGAAGACAUCGCCAAUAAGUUGGCACACGCCCUGGCAAGGCUGCCCCAGAGGGUUAUCUGGAGGUUUUCAGGAAACAAACCAAGGAAUUUAGGCAACAAUACCAAGCUGAUCGAAUGGUUGCCACAAAAUGACCUCCUUGGUCACUCUAACAUUAAAGCUUUCCUCAGUCAUGGAGGCUUGAACAGCAUUUUUGAAACCAUGUACCACGGUGUCCCAGUGGUGGGCAUUCCCCUCUUUGGAGACCAUUACGACACCAUGACCCGUGUGCAGGCCAAAGGGAUGGGAAUACUGCUCAACUGGAAGACCAUGACUGAGAGUGAGCUCUAUGAAGCCCUAGUAAAAGUUAUAAAUGAUCCCAGCUACCGGCAGCGGGCGCGGAGGCUGUCGGAGAUCCACAAGGACCAGCCUGGACACCCCGUGAACCGGACUGUGUACUGGAUCAAUUACAUCCUGCGCCACAACGGAGCCCAGCAUCUACGUGCUGCUGUUUACAGCAUCUCCCUGUUUCAGUAUUUCUUACUGGAUAUUGCCUUGGUCCUACUAGUGGGUGCUGCCUUACUUUACUAUGUUUUGGCCAGGAUGGCAAAAUUAAUCUGCAAGCAGAGCAAGCAUCUCUGGUCCAAUGACAAACAUAGCGCUGUUAAUGGACACUACCAGAACGGGAUCCCCAAUGGCAAGUAUAGAAGAAAUGGCCACAUUAAGCAUGAAAAAAAGGUGAAAUGAGCCAACAGCCCCUUGUAAAGUAGUAAUGAAUCAGAUCAGUAAUCGAAUUUUAUCGCUGUAACUUAGUCUAACAACUACUUAAAACCUCAAUAAGCAGUUCUAACACUCCCCUUCAGUAUGUAAUAUUAUGUGACAAAAUUCUAUGGAACUAAGA